UUGCAACUUCGUUAGACGUGGAGUAUUUCACGGGACUUUCACUCUGACCAUCUUCCGGGCUCCCCUAUUAAAAUCUUACGUUGUAAGAUAACUCAAGCAGUGUAAAAACAUGGCAGAGAGUGCUCGCGAAAGUGAAAGCAAUGAUGAAGACAACACAAGCGUCGUGUCAACAGAAUUCACGUCGUUACCAUCGGAGUCUGAAUUUUCCGCCGUCAUUUUCAACAACGUUCCCGAAUGUUAUCCGCCCGACAGAGAUAUAGAAUGUCGUUAUACCAUCAAACGUUCAGUCAAACCAAACUCCAGGGAUUGGAUUGGGUUGUUCAAAGUUGGAUGGCAGUCGUCGCGUGAACAUUACACUUACGAAUGGUCGCCCAUGCCAAGUAUUCAAGAUGGCGAACACGGAAGAUCAAUUGCAAAUAGGGUUGUGUUUCGUCUGAGGUAUUUACCGAAGGCUGACGACGAGUUUUAUCAGUUUUGUUAUGUCACCUACGCAAGCGAUGUCAGAGGGGCUAGCGUACCUUUCCAGAUUAAAACCAAACCGAUUGAACAAGAGGAGUUAGAGUGCUGCGAAAUUGAAGAUGACGAAGGAAGUUCAAUUAUGAUCGUUAAAAACAAAACAGCGAUGUUGGAAGAGUCACUUGCCAGGGUUUUGGAAGAGAAUGCUGUCUUGAAAGCAUCCAAUGAGACGGCGCUAGCUGAUCUGGCUAAUGCCAAUGAUAAAGUAAUGGAGUCGGAGUCGCGUAAAGCUGAAUUAACGGCUGCUUUGAAGGAAACCGAGAAGAAAGUAUGUAAUCUGGAGCAAGCAUUGGCUCAGAAAAACCUGGCCUUAGAAGAAUUGGAGAGCAAAAAAAGAGAUCUCGAGAGUGCCAACAGCGAUUUAAAAACCAUGCAAGAGAAUUUGAAUCGACGGGUUGAUGAAUUGAUGAUGAUGCUUGAGCAAGAACGUGCACAGACAUCACAACAAGUUGAGAAAAACAUGGAAAAGUUAGUGAUUGAACGUAAGCAGUACCUAGAGAACAUGGCUGCUGAUCGGCAAAUGAUUGAAAAGCUGCAAAACGACCUUAAAGCCAAAGAAGAUGAGAGCAACACUCUGAAAGCCCGAUGGGUGGAAUUCAAGACGAAAGCCAGGUCAGAGUCCACCGAAUUUGCUGAGAAAAUAGAGAAAGUAAACAGUGAAAAUGGAAGAUUACAGGAACAGCUUUUGCAGAUCACAGAAGAAAAUUACAUGCUCAAAAGAAAUUUGGAAGAAGAAUCAGAACGCCUUACAAAGAAAGUUCGAGAUAUGUAUAUUGAGUUGAAGAACAAAGAUCAAGAACGUGAGAAAGUCCAAGAAGAAAUUGCAAGCUAUCGAUGCAGAAUUGAAGAAGUGGAAAGUACAAAAGAGGAAAUCUUGAGGGAUGCAUCUCAUGAAGCAGAGUUGCUUGGCCAGAACAUCCAGAAACUCCAAAGAGGUUUAACUGAAAAGCAAGAGCUUAUUCACCAACUUGAACAAGAACUAGAAGAUGCUAAUUCCCAACUAGAGCAGGAGAAGGGAAAGAUCACUGCGCUGGAAGAAGAUUAUGAAUCAGUUAUCAGAGCACUACAUGACCAGCUGGAAGGAGAGAAAGCUCUAAACCAGUCGCUGUGUUCUCAGUCUGAUCGCAAUGUAGCCAGUCUUCAGGGUCAAGUGCAAAAGCAGCUGGAGGCAAACAUGGAACUGAGUCAGCAACUGGAGGGAAAAAGUGCAGAAUUAAGGGAUGUCUGUGGUGAACUGGACAACUGCAAGAAACAGCUACAAUCUGCUGAAGAAAAGCUGCAGAUAGCUUUGGCCCAACUGACUGAUGUUGAUGCUGAAGUCAAGUCACUAAAGGUAGAGAAAGAUACACUCCAGACAACACUGACAGACACUCGGGGAGCAAGCGCUCAGUCAUCAAAAAAUUCAGCAGCUUCGAUGUAUGCCCUUCAGACAGCCCAUACUCACUUGGAAAAGAAAUACCUUAAAGCCAAAAAAGAGAUGGAUGAAUUGUGGAGGGAGAGGAAUGAGCUGAAGAGAACCAUCGCAACCUUCCAAGGCAAUGUCCCAUGUGAUGACCUGCGCCUUCAAAUAGAGGAGAUGAGGGCGUGCAAUGAGGAUCUGCGGGUGCGGCUUAACAUGGGGGCUGAGGCUUUCAAGAUGAAGUUUAUCGAGUGUCGUCAGCUGGAGGAACAGUUGAAUAAAGUAACCAGGACCUCAUCAGUACAGUCAGAGGAAGCAGGCUCAGCAACGGAAAUGCGGAACAAGAUUUCCAAGCUACGGAGGGCUUUGGAAGAAGAGAAGAAAGCUCUGAACAUAGAGAAGAGCAUCGUACUCCAUAAGAAUGAUGAGAUUAACCAGCUCAAACUGGAGAUUUUGGAAUUGAGAGAGAAGGUGGUAAGCUCUGAACAGGUGGAAUUUCAGAAGGCAGACCAGGAUGCACAAAGCCAACUGGUUGUUCAAAAAAUGCUUGAAAAAGUGGCAUAUUUGGAGAGCACCUUAAAAGAUGAGAAACUCGAAAAAGAGACUGUCAUCCAAGAAAUAGUCAAUCUACAAGUCGUUUUGAAAAACAAAGAAGAAAAGUUACAAAAUGCUGCCGAAAACCUUGCAGCCCUGCAAGACGCUCUUUCCAAAGAACAAGAAGACAGAGAGUUACUCGGUGAGGAGGCAAGAGCAAAACUUCAGGAGCAUGAAGCUAAAGAGCGGGAGCUUGAUCUGAAGGUCAAGGAGCUAAACAGAGAAGUCGAGAGAUGGAAGAAAGAAGUUGAUUUGCAUGUAGAAGCAGAAUCUAGACUGAUGGAGAAUAGAACUGAAGAACGAGAAGUCACUGUGGAGCCACCGCCUCGACCACAGGAACAAACUCCUACUCAAGGUCUCUUUCCAGUUCGUGGCUUGCGUCCAUUUUUUAAUCGUCUCUCUCCUGCACCUGCACCUGCACCUGCACCUGCACCUGCACCUGCACCUAUGCCAGUUCCAAAUGGCCCACAGCCAUGGGUUUUUGUCCAACACCAACCAGAGCAGCAACAUGAACAAGUUCCGCCACCUGAGGUCCCUAUUCAGCCGCCUUUUCCCCCAGUGCAGACCCUACAACCAAGUGCCCCAGCACCUGAAGCUGAAGUGCCCCAGUGUCCGGUUUGUAAGGCACUUUUGCCACCAAGCGUAAACAGAGAUGAGCAUGUAAAUGGUCAUUUUGACUAAGUUUAAAUCUUGCAUGUAUUUUCUCCCAUUUUCCAAGUGUACCUUUACCUAUAUUAAUAGUUUUGUAGUUAUGAAAUUUAAAUUGCUUAAUUGGGAGUUCAACAGGAAGUAUUCUAGGG